AUGCUGGGACGCUUGGCGUUCGUGCCCUUCCUCCUGGGAUGUCUCCACGUGACCUGGGGGCAAACCUUCCACAUGGGGAAGUGCCCAGACCCACCUGUUCAGGAGGAGUUUGACGUCUCCAAGUAUCUGGGGAAAUGGUACAUGAUCGAAAAGCUGCUGUCAAAUCUGGAGAAAAGCGACUGUGUCCAGACAAAUUAUUCCUGGAAGGGGAACGGGAAGUUUAAAGUGGUGAAGAAAGAACUUCUCUCGGAUGGCACCGUCAAAGAGUCGGAGGGAGAAGCCUGGCAAAUGGAUCCCAACGAACCAGCCAAGCUGCAUGUCAAGUUUAACUGGUUCCUGCCUGCAGAGCCCCACCUGGUCAUCUCCACCGACUACAGCAACUACGCUCUGGUGUACUCCUGCGUGACUUUCCUCUGGUUCUUCCACAUGGACGACGCCUGGAUCCUGUCAAGGACCCCCCAGUUGCACCCGGAGACGGUGGAGCACCUAAAAGACAUCCUCCUGUCCUACGAGAUCGGCACGGAGCGGAUGAGGCCCAUCGAGCAACUGAACUGCCCUGCCAACAUGUAG